GCUGGCGCUGCUGCUGCUGCAAACCAGCUAGUGUGGUCGGGUGCUAGUAGCUAGGACUAGCUAGGAAUUUGGGAGAGUCGGAGUUGGGGCAGCGGUACAUUUUCCUACCCCAACCCAAUCGUCAUGAGUCCAAAGAGAGGAUCCAGAAAAAGAAAGGCAGCUGAAGAGAAUGACACUGAUGAACCUAAUGCUGGGCAAUCUGUGGAAGAACAUUUUAACAAAGGUGCAAAGAAACGUAGAAGUUGGGAACUUGGAAGUAAGAAAUACAUUGGAGCUCAUGUCACCAUAUCAGGUGGGAUAUGGAAGGCGGUGGAGGAGAGUCUUGCAAUGGGUGGUCGUAGUUUCGCCUUGUUCCUGGGAUCCCAGAGGUCCUGGAAAAGACCCCCUCUGGACCAGUCGGCAGCUGGCAAGUUCCAGGAGCUGUGUCUCAGAGAGGGAUUUGAUCCCACUCACAUACUGCCACAUGGGUCUUACCUGAUGAAUUGUGGAUCCCCUAAAGAAGAUGUGUUUGAGAAGAGCCAGGCCCUGCUGGUGGAUGAGCUACAGAGGUGCUGUGCCCUGGGCCUGAACAUGUACAACUUCCACCCAGGCUCCUCUCUGGGUGCCAUCACCACAGAGCAGUGUGUGGUUAAGAUCGCCCAGGCUAUCAACCAAGCUCACCAGCAAGCCCCUGCAGUAGUCACGGUGCUGGAGAAUAUGAGUGGUCAGGGCAGCACGGUGGGGGGGAGGUUCUGUGAGCUUCGCAGCAUCAUUGACAGGGUGCGUGACCAGACCAGAGUGGGGGUGUGUCUGGACACAUGCCACGCCUUUGCCGCAGGUUAUGAUCUGUCUGCAGAGAGAGGGGUGAAGACCAUGCUGGAGGAGUUUGACCAAACAGUAGGACUUUCCUACCUCAGGGCCAUCCAUCUGAAUGACUCUAAAGGUAAACUGGGAUGUCACCUGGAUCGGCACGAGGAUAUUGGACGGGGUCAGAUUGGAAUCUCAGCGUUCCGAGACAUAAUGAAUGAACCCCGACUGGACAACCUCCCUCUGAUCCUGGAGACUCCCGGACGCCCUGGGUUUGAGUAUGCUGAGCAGAUUGACCUGCUGUACUCUUUUUGUGAAAAGUAAAGCAUGAAGCAAAGUACUUUCAUUCAAACCUUUCUCCACCUUCAUACAACAUUGACACUUCGGCUAACCUUACCACCACCUAACAACGACUGGAAGAUUUCUGUCCUUGACCCAAUAGAAAUUAUGUAACUAAUUUGUAAUGUAUUGUUUUGAUACUAUAUUAAACGUUUCAGAUAAA